ACUCCAUUCAAGCAUCACUACUCAGCUCUAGUACAACUAGCUCUCUCUAGCUAGCUUCUUCUUGCUACAGAGCUACAAAUAUAUCAGGAAAAGAGAGAGAUGGAGAGCCAGCAACAGAAAAUAGGUGUUGGUGAGCGUGGAAGCAACCGCAUAUAUGCGGCUGGAACACCACCACCCUCCAAUAUCAAACAGUUUGACGACCACCAUGAUGAUCCUGAAAAUAAGAAGCCUGGAUGGAGGAAGUUUAUGGAACAUGUAGGGCCUGGGUUUCUAGUCUCCUUGGCUUACCUUGAUCCUGGCAACUUGGAAACUGAUCUGCAAGCUGGAGCAAAUCACCGAUACGAGCUGCUUUGGGUGAUACUCAUUGGAUUGAUCUUCGCUCUCAUAAUCCAAUCUCUGGCAGCAAACCUUGGCGUGAGCACAGGCAAACAUUUGUCGGAACUAUGCAAGGCGGAGUACCCAUCAUUUGUGAGAUACUGUCUCUGGUUGCUUGCAGAGGUUGCUGUCAUAGCUGCUGAUAUACCCGAAGUGAUUGGCACAGCGUUUGCUCUAAAUAUACUGUUCAACAUUCCAGUUUGGAGUGGAGUACUAAUCACUGGUUUAAGUACUCUCCUUCUUCUUGGCCUGCAGAGAUAUGGGAUAAGGAAGCUGGAAAUGCUGAUAGCAGUACUGGUGUUUGUAAUGGCAGCCUGUUUCUUUGGUGAAAUGGGUUUUGUGAAGCCUCCUGCAUCCGGUGUGGUCGAAGGAAUGUUUGUCCCCAAGCUCAGCGGCCAAGGAGCCACCGGUGACGCCAUAGCCCUCUUGGGUGCCCUUGUCAUGCCCCACAAUCUGUUUCUCCACUCUGCUCUUGUGCUUUCAAGGAAAGUCCCAAACUCUGUCCGUGGCAUCAAUGAUGCAUGUCGAUAUUUCUUAAUAGAAAGUGGAUUUGCAUUAUUCGUAGCAUUCUUAAUCAAUGUUGCCAUUAUCUCUGUGUCCGGAACCGUUUGCUUCGCAGAUAACCUCUCUGACAAUGAUUCUAAAACAUGUAGCGAUCUUACACUCAACAAUGCUUCCUUUCUUCUCCAGAAUGUGUUGGGAAAGUCAAGCAAAGUCAUAUAUGCUGUUGCAUUAUUAGCCUCAGGACAAAGCUCAACCAUUACAGGCACUUACGCAGGACAAUUUGUCAUGCAGGGAUUCUUGGACAUCAAGAUGAAAAAAUGGACUAGAAAUUUGAUGACUAGGUGCAUUGCCAUUACACCUAGUCUCAUCGUUUCCAUCAUCGGUGGGGCUUCAGGAGCAGGGAGACUCAUUAUCAUUGCAUCGAUGAUACUAUCUUUUGAACUUCCCUUUGCUUUGAUCCCACUCCUCAAAUUUAGCAGUAGCGCUACUAAGAUGGGACCUCACAAGAAUUCAAUCUACAUCAUUGUUAUGUCAUGGAUUCUAGGAAUGGGGAUCAUAGGAAUCAACAUCUACUACCUCAGCACAGGCUUCGUGGGGUGGAUAAUUCACAGCAGUCUCCCCAAAGUUGCAACUGUGUUUAUUGGGAUCUUGGUGUUCCCCUUGAUGGCCAUUUACAUCGUUGCAGUCAUUUACUUGACUGUAAGAAAAGACACUGUUGUAACUUUCAUUGAGCCAACAAAGAACGACCCGGCCGCUCAAAUCGAAAUGGAAAGUGGGAUCACCAACACGCAUGGACCUCCUGUACCUUUCAGAGAGGAUUUGGCUGACAUUCCUCUACCAGAAUAGUUGGUUAUCCAAGAUCGAUCAGCUUAGCUGCAAUGCUGAAACUUCAAUUAGAGUUGAGAUGUAAACCCUUAAUAUAUCAGGGUUUUGUUGCCAGUUAUAUUGUGACAGUUAGAAGCAAAGUCAUCAAAAUGUGCUCUUAAACAAGUAGCAGAGCUCUCUUCUGUUUUCUUAAAUAGCGAAUGUAGCUUUAUGCAUGGUUGUUCAUAUGUAUUUGGGUAUUGGAGAAUACCAUAACUAAAUAACAUACGUCCUACUUUUUCACUGUUGC